AUGUCCAAGGCUAAGUUGCAAGCUGCUCAAAAUGCACAAUCAGGAUCAUCAGGCUCUUUCGCCUCCGGGUUUAUAUUCGGCCAGCUGACCCUCGCUCUGAUCUUGUUCUGCUUCAUCAAGUUCUUCAUCUUUGGUGAGGCUCCCAACGCCGACGAGCGAGCAUCAUCACGGGCAGCGGCGAGACGUCGGCGGACCUUGUCACACUCCAAUGCUCGACAACGGACCUUCUCCUCAGCAUUCCACCCGCGGCCAUCGUCUGCUGUGCUUAAGCCAAGGACUGGAGAUGGCCUGACCGUGCAGAAGAUCCUCGAGAAGACGUACUACAACGUCCAUGGCCAUCAACCGGAGAGUCUGGACUGGCUGAAUGUACUGAUUGCUCAGACGAUUUCGCAGCUACGAGCGGAUGCACAGGAAGACGAGGCAGUACUAGGCUCGUUAACGCAGAUUCUGAAUGGCUCCACCAAGCCCGACUUCAUCGACGAGAUCAAGGUCACCGAGAUCAGCCUGGGAGAUGAAUUUCCUAUCUUCAGCAAUACCCGCGUCAUCCCCGUGGAUGAGAAUGGCAUGCCCAUCAAGCAGCUCAAGGGCAACAGAGGCGAGCGACUACAGGCACGCAUGGAUGUCGACUUGAGCGAUGUUGUAACCCUGGGUGUGGAGACGAAGCUGGUACUAAACUACCCGAAGCCCUUCGUUGCCGUCCUGCCGGUAGCACUGGCAGUCUCUGUUGUGCGUUUCUCGGGCACCUUGUCUCUUUCGUUCUCUCCAUCCAGUCAACCGGACCCGGUACCUGUCGGUGGUGAUGGGACAGGCACCGGUCCAGCGAAGAACGAAGGCCAUCCGCUCAACCCCACCGGCUCGUCACCAACCACUCUCACUUUUACCUUCCUCGACGACUACAGACUGGACCUCUCGGUCCGCUCACUGAUCGGCUCAAGAAGUCGUCUCCAGGAUGUCCCGAAGAUUGCUCAACUGGUGGAAGACCGCAUCCAUCGCUGGUUUGAUGAUCGAUGCGUUGAGCCUCGCUUCCAGCAGAUUGUCCUUCCAUCCCUCUGGCCACGGAAGAAGAACACCCGCGGCGGCGAAGAGGACAGCAGCGCCAUCAUCCCUGAAGAAGACGCUGAAGACCUGCAGUAUGGUCCUGACACUGCACUCGACGGCGCAGCGAUGCCGACAAGCGAGCUACCAAAGUCGAAGAAGGAAGGUGCUCGUCCCGGUCUUGCGAAGGCUGCCACGACAGCGGAGCAGCGGACGCGGGAUUGGGCCGCUCAGCAUGGCAAGCCGAGGGAGGCUAUGUCCGAGCUGGAGAUCGCCGGGGCGGAGAUGAGGGAUGCGGAUGAGAGGGAGCGGAGAAGAAGAGGAGAGCAGGAGUAUGACGGCGGGAUGAGGCUGAGAGCGGGGAGGGAGCCGGGUCAGAGGUUGGACAGGAGGACUACUUCUCAUGCGCAACGAGCAUCGGGAUGA